AAUAUUGGUGUCGACUGUUCCAGAGUGUGUCAUCGGAACCGCCUGGAUUCGGAAUUAGCUCCUCCCAAAACAUCAGGUGCCAGUGGAGAACGGAGAGAUGAAGACCUCAUCCCUCCUCUUCCUCCUGCUGCUGCUGCUCUUCGCCUCGGGAGCCUGUGACGACGUCAAGUACAUCUCCAAGAGGAACUCCGUGGACGGGUGCAUCGACUGGUCGGUGGAUCUGAAGGAGUACCACGUCCUGGCCGGGGAGCCCGUCCGGGUCAAAUGUGCCUUGUUCUACAGCUACAUCCGGACCAACUACACCAUGGCCACCAACGCCAAGCUGCGCCUCAUCUGGUACAAGAACAAAGGAGACGCCGAGGAGCCGAUCAUCUUCUCAGGUCACCGGCUGAGCAAAGAAGACGACUCCAUCUGGUUCAGAUCUGCAGAAAUGGAAGACAAUGGAUUCUACACCUGUGUGCUCAGGAACACGACCUACUGCAUGAAAGUGUCCAUGUCCAUGACGGUGGAGGAGAGCGACGAGGGGAAAUGCUUCAGCAGCAAGAUCCGCCAUCUGGAGAAGGCGGAGAUAACCCACAGCAAAAUGAUCAACUGUCCAGACAUCGAGGACUACCUGGCUCCGUACAAACAGCCGCAGAUGACGUGGUAUAAGGAGUGUGAGCGGGUGGAAUGGAGGAGCUCCAUCUCGGUCAACACCACACACAUCUGGAUUCCUGAGAUCGAGGAGGGCGACGGAGGAAACUACACCUGUGAGCUGCAGUACGGAUCCAGGCUGGUGCGACGGACGACACAGCUGAAGGUCACAGCUCUGCAGACCACUCAGCCUCCCAAGGUCCUCUUCCCUCCUGAGAGACAGGACACGGCGAUAGAAAUCACGCCUGGUAUGCCCCUCAGUCUGGACUGCAAGGCGUUUUUCGGCUACAGCGGCGAGAACAGGAGGCCGAUCAUCUACUGGAUGAAGGGGGAGAAGUUCGUGGAGGAGCUGGCGGGACACAUUAAAGAGAGUGAAGUCAGGAUCUUAAGGGAGCAUUUAGGGGAGAAGGAGGUACAGCUGUCUUUAACGUUCGACGCCGUGGAGGAGGCGGACCUGGCCAACUACACCUGCUACGUGGAGAAUCACAUCGGGAGGCGGGGGGGAAGCGCCAUCCUGCAGAAGAAAGAUAUGUACCGGCUGGAGCUGGCCGGCGGCCUCGGGGUCAUCCUGCUGCUGCUGGGCGUCCUCACCGCCCUCUACAAGUGCUACAACCUGGAGAUCAUGCUCUGCUACCGGAGGCACUUCGGCAGCGACGAGACCGAAGACGAUAACAAGGAGUACGACGCCUAUCUGUCCUACACCAAAGUGGACCUGGACUCUCUGGGCAGGACGAGCAGCGACGAGGAGACCUUCGCUUUGGAGAUCCUGCCCGACGUCUUGGAGAAACACUACGGAUACAAGCUGUUCAUCCCCGACCGAGACUUAAUACCCAGCAGUACGUACAUCGAGGACCUGGCCCGCAGCGUGGAGCAGAGCCGGCGGCUCAUCAUCGUCUUGACCCCGGAGUUUGUCGCCAAAAGGGGGUGGAGCAUCUUCCAGAUAGAGACACGCCUGCACUCCAUGCUGGUCACUGGGGAGAUCAAGGUCAUCAUGAUAGAGUGUGCAGAUCUGAAGAAUGUCAUCAACUACCAGGAGGUGGAAGCACUGAAACACACCAUCAAGGUGUUAUCCAUCAUCAAAUGGAGGGGUCCCAAGAGCAACGAGCUGUCCUCCAAGUUCUGGAAGCAGGUGGUCUACGAGAUGCCUGCUAAACGCAGAGAGACGCUGUCCCGGCGCCAGGUGAUGGACUCUGGCGAACAGGGCCUCUUUGGGGACCUGCAGACUACUGUCUCCACCAUCGCCAUGACAACCACCUCUGCCUCGCUGGCGCCCCCUAAUGAGAGUCGCCAUGGCCAUCAUCAGGUUGCCUUGGCAACAGAGAUCCCCGACUAUAACCAGAUGACCCUGCCCCUGGGGGGCGGCCACAGCGCCCAGAUGCGGCACUUCUGCCGCAGCUACGAGUUCCAGCUGCCGCCGCAGCCGUCCUCCAUGUCGCCCCCGCUCCCACCCCCCUCCACGGUGCAGUUCUCCACUCUGGGCCCCGGGGGGCGCCACGUCUACUGCAACAUCCCCAUGACGCUGCUGAACGGACAGGUGCCUCAGAGCAGUACGCUUGGGAAAAAGCCAGAGCUGCACCUGAACAGCACCUUCGUACCUCUCACCAGCAGAGAACUAAGCUCUGACAUCUGGUAGGCGGACUCGGCAGCCGGUCCUGGAUCGCAG